AUGCCAUCGGCUUGUAAAAAUGAAGAAGCUUCACGAGCCCCAACUAAGGAUAAAGUGGCCGGAGAGGUUCGACGGGAGUCUGUUCUCCAGGGCAGGGAGGCACAGCAUCGUCUGACCGAAGUGUGCGGUCAAGCGGCGAUCACAGGCUCUACAGUAGAGAGAGGUCCCCCUACUCAGCCCCCCCUAGAAUGGUACCGACGUUCACCCUUAAACUUUGAUACCCCGGAUCGCUCUGAAAGUCCCAAAGAGGAGAGUCACAGUUCGGAUGAACGCUGCUAUUCCGUCCCAAGUGACAGGGAUUCACCCCUUGGACCAGAGCCAAUCUAUGGCAGUGACGACUCAGAUCGAAAAACAAGGGACUGCCUGACCGAUGACAACGAGGAUGCUCCCCAUGUUUUCGACGAGCCUUCCGACGCAGAAACCCCAGACCCAAACCUGGCCCGCAAGAAGAAAACCCGGACAGUUUUCAGCCGCAGUCAGGUCUUCCAACUCGAGUCCACUUUUGACAUGAAACGCUACCUUAGCAGCUCGGAACGAGCAGGUCUGGCUGCUUCCCUGCACCUGACCGAAACUCAAGUGAAAAUCUGGUUCCAGAAUCGUCGGAAUAAGUGGAAGAGACAGUUGGCCGCGGACUUAGAGGCAGCGAACAUCUCUCACUCGUCCCAGCGAAUUGUUCGUGUGCCCAUCCUUUACCACGAGAGCACCACGCCACCCUCUGCACUGAGCUUCAGCGUGCCGCAGGUCUCCCCACCUCUUGUGGGGUUCUCCAGUUCUAUGAACUAUCCCCUCACGUCCUUUGCCCAGUCCAUGAGCGUACUGAGGUCACAGAUGACUGGACUAGUCUAAAAUCGUGGGUUAGAGGAUCUCCACGAAGCCUGAACUGUCAUUAUGUCAAUACUGUACCUGAAUCGUGCAAUAAUUCACUUGGCCGCAGAAAACUACAUGUUCAUGUUUUGUUGCAUCCAAAGAUUACAUAUAACGUGAUUAUUAUACAUACAUUUUAGUUAUAGUCAUACUAUUUUUUAAUGUUAUUAACGUCUACUGUAGCCUACGUCUGCCUUGACACUACAGAUCAUAUUUUUACGCAUGGGAUGCAGGCCCUAGCUGUUUGUGCAUAUUUUAAGAUUACACUUUU